AUGGGUCAUGGCCUCUUCGUAGGUUCACGCCGUGCUAGAGCCUCCAGCCCGUCAAAUAAGUCAAAGCAAAAAAAUUCCAGUCACCGUUCUCGGCCCGGUGAGAAUCUUCAGCCCGUUGCGCAGUUUAAUUCUGUGCAAAUUGGUGUUCAUAGUCCUGUUGGAGCGCUUCGUGAGGGGCAACGCGACGGAUCCUCUCCUCUGACGGAUCUGCAGGCUUCCAGUAGACCCGGCGAUGGAGGCAAUCUUCCCCACACCCCUUUGGUAAGUAUGGAUGCAAUCCUUGGCAGCGAGGGCAGUGGCUCGAAGUACAUUAAGAGGCGGACAAUUGGUAAAGGGUCUUUUGGCGAAGCUUAUAUUGUCGAACGGAAUCCAUUGUACGAUCCAAUAAAAUGCCCAUUAGCGCAGACCCAACUGUGUGCUAACAUCCCUACCUACCCAACGCAACCGGGCAGGCUGUAUGUUGCCAAGGUGAUGGAUUUGCGUCUAAUCAGUUCACAAGAUCGCCAGAACUCUUACGCGGAGAUUGCCUGCCUCACCCAUACUUGCCAUUUUGCGAUUAUUCGUUACUACGAGCACUACAUAUUGGAGGGUGGGGAGGAUACACUUAUUAUUAUAACCGAGUUUGCGGACCAUGGGGAUCUUAGGGGAAAUCUUACCUGCACCAGGCAGAACGUGAUGAAAGGGGAUAACCGCACCGACGAAUCGGUCUAUUCGCUCCAGUUAACCGAGCGUGAGGCUGGGACCUACUUCGUCCAGCUCCUCCUCGCCCUCCAGCACAUCCAUAAAAACCGCAUGAUCCAUCGUGAUGUGAAAAGCGCGAACAUUUUUCUCACCUCCCAUGGCAUCAUCAAACUCGGCGACUUUGGCUUCUCCAAGAAGUUCGAGACGACCAUCAGCAGCGAGACGGUCGCCGGGACCUUCCUGGGCACCCCGUACUACCUCUCCCCGGAGAUGUGGGAGGGAAAGCGGUAUGGAAAGAAGGCGGAUAUCUGGGCUGCGGGGAUUAUUCUCUACGAGAUGCUCAUGGGGGGCGCCCGCCCUUUCAGCGCGGGGAGUCUGAUGGAGCUGCGGGAGUCCGUGCUGCAUCACGAGGUGGAGCUCCUGGAGGCCCCUCCACGGGGGGUGGGGGAGGGCCCCGGCGGCGAGCUUGGCUCCUCGCACGGUGAGGGGGAGGGCUUCGCGGCCCCCAAGCGAGGGCCCUUUUCCUUAGAGAUGCGCGAGCUCAUGCGGUCGAUCUUGGCGAAGGAUCCGCACGAGCGGCCGGAUUCCGAGCAGCUCCUCCAUACCCCCAUUAUGCAGCACUACCUCUUCGUGUUUGAGCGUCAUGUACAGAGUUUGAUCGAAUCCGACGCGCAGGCCCUCGCGGCCAACCCUAACUGCCGCGACUCCCUCGCCUUUCGAGACGUUCAGGAGCGGGAGUUGAUGCUGAGGAAUAUCGAGGAGGCUAAACGGAUUAUCGAGGUCGCAGUCCAGCGAGGGCUACAGGAGGGGGAUUCACUUCGCUAUGAAGGAGUGGUCUAUAAGCGGAAUAAGGAUGGCAGUUGGAAAGAGCGCUAUUUGAUUCUUUCCGAAGACUUUUUGAUCAUUUCGUUAUCACGGAACAAAGAGGCUGCAGACGGAACCGAACGCAGUCGGAAGGUCCCGCUUAAGCUGGUAAAGUCAGUAAGCCGCUGUGCGGUAACUGAUCUCCUUUCUAAGUCUUCGGAGGAAGGUGGAAACGCUGAGAAGGUGCAACCUGCGUAUGCCUUUGCUUUGUUCAUGAUGGAAAGCACCCAGCCGAUAUUCUUCGGUGUUCAUAAGGAGGAGGAGCUUUACCACUGGAUCAAUUGUUUGAUUAAAGCACUGAAGAUCGAUUAG